AUGCGCAUCGUCUCCACCGUCCUCUCUGCCGCUCUUCUGUUCCUGUCCGCUGUCGCCACAGACGAUGGCUCCACCAAAUCGGAAACAUUCGACGAGACCAAGUAUAGGCUCCAGCCACAGCUGCUGAUUACGCCGAUAACGCAUCCCAAUCUUUUUAGUUUUACGGGCCGAUGGCUGCGCUCCCCAACGGGUCAUCCGCACUGGCCUGCGUACCACUCGACGCUAUGGCCCGGCAACUCGGUGACGAUCCUGGUGUUCGGUGAGAAGGCAGAGGUGAAACUGCUGCCGAAGCCACAGGGCCCGGUGGAGCAUUACUCGUUUGUAGUAUCGGUGGACGGGGGAGCGGGCGUGCGCUACAAUAUCGAUAACUUUGAUACGAGCAAAAUCACUAAGGAGGGCCACCGCAUUCCGAUCGAGUUCGAGGCUGCGAAGGAGACACGCGGUGAGGGGGAGAGGAAGAUUUUGAAGCCACAUACAAUACGCCUUACCAGUAUCCCCGGCACGCCCAUCAGCUUCGAGGGUCUGCUGGUGGAGAAUACGCAAGUGGUGCAGGGGCACGAGUGGAUCGAGAAGCAGUCGCUACGACCGACCAUUGAGUUUAUCGGUGAGGGGAUCGACGCCGAGCGCCACGGGGGUUUCUACAGGGCGGAUAAAUACACUCCACCGGCGGGCGCGGCUCUCGAAUCGCCUGUGGACGCUAUCUUCUCUACUCUGCACUACAAGCUCGGAGAGCGGUUAAGCGUGCGACAUUCGCACUUUUCUGCUGGAACAUGUCUCAUAGGAUACUGCGACAGCCGGCACCUUCCGGGACUGACAGAACAGUACUUCUACACUUCCCCGCUGGACUUCACUGGCCACUCCCAAGACAUCAAGGAUAAGUUCGACCCGCGACACAUCGACAACCUGGUGACGCCCUGGCGCUUCCCCAGCACAUCAGUUUCCACGAACCCCGUCAAUUACGUCGUGGUUGACGUAGGAAUCCAAGAUAUCCUCAUGAGGAGCCAAAACGCGGACCUCUACACGCGCACAUUGACCAUCUUCCUCGCGCGUCUCCGUCAACAGGCGCAUCCAAACGCAAAGAUCCUGGUGAUUGCCCACCGUGGCGCCCCACAUCCCGAUAACACCAUCUUCGAACCGGACUUCACCACCACUUCUCUACGACUGGGCCUCUACACCUCCACACAACGCGCAGUCGCCAAGCUCGAGGAUCCGGGCGUCAUCUUCACGCCCGUCUAUCUCGGUGGUGGCAAGGACCCGCAGGCAGCAUACCUCCGUGCUAUGUGUCCGCAUCUCCUGGCGCCCGUUGGCGUCCUCGCGAAGACGAAAGCUGUGUUCAGAAAGGCGCAGCACAUGAAUAAGAUGCAAAGAGUGUGUGUGGAAGUGGUGGGUGGAGGCUCAGGAAUGGGCGGUGAUACGGUAUUCAUGAUCAUCAUCAUGGGGAUGUGUGCGGCCGGCCUUUACGUUGCGAGGAGUACCGUCAUCGGUGCGAUUGCGGCGGUGGUCGGGAGGAAAAGGCUCGGGAUGGGAGAGGAGGAGGGUCGGCUGUUGGGUGAUGAGCCGGGGUCAAAAAGCAGCAUGAGUAAGUAG